CUAACGGAGACCCAUUUUUAGCUGUAAAGACACGAGUUUUGAAACAGUACGAUAGAGAGUCUGCGGAAGGGAGAAAAGUAUUUGGAAUUUUUCAUUUUAUUGGGUCUGGGUUUUAGAUUUCUGGGUGUGGAAGCUUUGUUGGGAUGGCAACAUUUGCAGGGACUACCCAGAAGUGCAAGGCCUGUGACAAGACUGUGUACUUGGUUGAUCAACUAACUGCUGAUAACAAGGUCUACCACAAGGCCUGCUUCAGAUGCCACCACUGCAAGGGUACCCUCAAGCUUAGUAAUUAUUCCUCCUUUGAGGGUGUAUUAUAUUGUAAACCUCACUUUGAUCAACUGUUUAAGAUGACUGGCAGCUUGGAUAAAAGUUUUGAAGGCACUCCAAAAACUGUUAGAGCUGACAGAUCUACCAAUCAGGUUCAGACCAACAGCAAAGUUUCAGGUUUGUUUGGCGGAACUAAAGAAAAGUGUGUUGCUUGCAGUAAAACUGUUUACCCCAUUGAAAAGGUGGCAGUUGAUGGUGUAUCAUACCAUAAGGCUUGUUUUAGGUGCACUCAUGGAGGCUGUGUGAUCAGCCCAUCAAACUAUGUGGCCCACGAGCAUCGUCUCUAUUGUAAGCACCACCACAAUCAACUAUUCAAGGAGAAGGGAAACUUCAGCCAACUUGGUAGGCACGAAGAAGUUGCAGGGGAAGGUGCAAAAUUCAGCCAAACUGAAACGCAUGGAGAAUUUAAGGUGGUAGCUGACAAUGUGGUGGCAGAAUAACUACUAUGAGAAAUUUAUAUCCCUCAGAUGGUGGGUUUUGAAGCAAGAGUUGGGAUGCUCUGUUGUAGUGUACAAGAAGAGGUUUUGGAAUUCCCUUUCCUUGAUAUAUAGGUAAUAUGCUACUCCGGUAUAAAUCAUUGAUAGAAGAGUCGGUAUGUUGUUAAUUUUGCGAGUGUGAGCUUUGAGAUAAUACGGAGAGAAUGUGUUUAUUUCCUCUAAUAAACUGAUGUGUCGAGCCCAGUUUUCCUUUUUUUCA